AAGUAUCAAGUUAUCAUCACGCUACACGCCACCUCCCGUUCAUAUGGUUGAUCCAUACUGGAUGGCAAACUUCAACUCGCCUCGAAACGCCGUCAGAGUCCGAAAUGACGGCAAGACGUCGUCCAAGCAUGCGAACCCGAAUGAAGGCGGAGGACGUCAGCUGCUGGGUCGAGCACAAUCAGCAGCCGUUUUCCCCAUCCGACGAACCUCGUGUUCGCUUUGAAGCUCCGGCCCCGGUAUCGGCCCGCUCGGACGACUCUGAUGCAGAGUCCGUCGAGUCAUUGACCGAGCGGCCGGUCUACAAGGAUGGCGGAUAUGGAUGGCUGGUGGUGCUCGCCAGCUUCCUCAUGCACGCGGUGUGCGACGGUGCCAGCUUCUGCUUUGGCAUCGUCUUUGUCAAGAUUCAGGAGCACUUCCAGUGUGGUCGGUUCGUGAGCAUGAUCACCGCCUCAAUGUUCCUGUCGCUCCCCCUCAUCAUGUCUCCCGUUGCUGGAAUCGUCUCGGAUAUCCUCGGCUGCCGAAUGUCAAUUAUUAUUGGAGCAAGCAUCUGCACAGUUUCUUGCAUAAUUGCAAUGUUCUGUUCCCAUAUAUUUUUCUUCAUGAUUUCGUUUGGAUUGGGAUGCGGUGUUGGGAUGAGCUUCAUCUACAAUGCCGCCAUUGUCAUCGUGACGUAUUAUUUUGAAAAACGAAGAGGCCUCGCCACGUCAUUUGCAGUUUCUGGCACCGGUGUCGGAACUGUUAUCUACCCGAUUUUGCUGAACUUGUCAAUGAUCUACCUGGCCAGUUUUGUGAGUGAUAUCCGGAUUAUCCUCAUUUUCUUCGCCGUCAUGUAUUUUGUGAUCGCCGUUAUUGGAUUCUUCAUAAAGGACGUCGAAUGGGAAUCGGACAAAACCGAUUUCAAAUUGAGGAAGUUUCAAAAAUAUAUCGCCAAGAUGGACGAUGAGAAAGAAAAUAACACAAAUCCGACAGAUGCUUUCAUGCGACACGCGAUCUCUUUACCCAACCUAAACAUCUUGAAUAACCAUUCGGGAAGUAUUCAAUCAAUAUGCGAUGCCGCGAAAGCUGAGAGAAAGUCCGAUAAACCAACUCGAUCAAAGUCCGUUGCUCUGUUCGACAACAAACACCAAAUGUCGUCAAUUCCCGAGUACUCUAUGUUGAAUACCAAUUUGGCAAACUUGGAACAUCUUGAUCUCGAGCUCGCCAACUCUCCAUGUACUACAGUCCGAGCCCAACGCCGCAGAGUGAUCAGUAAAGUUUCCAUGAGUGUCGAUCAGAUUAAUGAAUUGGAAGACGAAGCAUUCCACAUUAACCUCUUCCAAAGUUCCACUGAAUCCGAAAGCGAUGACGAAUCCAGCUCUGACGACUCCGAGAUGAGCAACGAUGGUGACAGCUCCAGUUCUGAACUUUCUGAAAAGAACCUGGACGAGCCAACCACCAAACUUAUCAACAAAAAUUUGGAAAACGUUGCAUUCCGCGCCACGUCCUCUGUGCCGAAUUCUGCUCGAAUGAACCGAAACUCUGUUGCAGCUGGAACGUCCAAUAUGUUCGGAGGAAGAGUGAUUGCCAGCAAUGCAAUUCAAUCUCGUCACGCCACCAACUUGAUUGCCAUGGGAAAAAUACCAUCCGCACCAAUGCUUGUCGCAAGGAAGAAUAGGAAGAGUAUGAUUGGAAAGCCGAUUCAAGGCUUCUACAAAAAAUGGUUGGAAACAGAGAAGCCAAUUUAUCAAGAAGUCAUUCAUUGCAGAGCUUACAUUUAUCUUGCACUUUCUGUGCUAUGCUUGUACUUCAUUCUGGAUGUGCCAUACGUCUGUUUUUAUGAAUAUUCGAUUGACACACUAAAAAUGGAGGAAUCCGAAGCCAACUACAUUUACUAUUCGAUCGGUAUCAGCAACUUCAUCAGUGUCCUUCUCUUCGGAACACUUGCCGACUGGACAAGGAAGCACAUUACCACGAUCUACGCCAGUUCAAUGGUUGGAGUUGGGAUUACUAUCAUGUUCUCGACAAGAAUCAACUCACUCGUUGAGCUAGUGAUUGUGGGAGUAUGCUUUGGAGUGACUAUCACCAGUAAUUAUGUUCUGCAGUCAAUUCUUGUUACAAUAUGUUUUGAGGAUGUGAACCUCUUCCAAGUUGCAUACUCCCUGAUUGCUAUGAUUGAAGGAGUUGCAUCUUUGAUCGGACCCCCAAUUUUUGCUCUUGUUCGUGAAGCAACGGGAGGCUACACCGUGGUGUUUUUCAUUUCGGGUAUUUUUGCUCUGGCCUCUGGGUUCUUUGGCUUCAUGUUCAGCUACGAAAUGAAUAAGAGGAACACCGGCGACAAAGAUUCAAUUGAAAGUGGAAAACCGACGGAGUUAACGAAUGGCAAUAAUCGACAAACAAGUACCGGAUCAGGAGCUGAACAAGAGACUCUUCUUGAUGUGUGAAACGCAUAGCCAUCUCAUGACUUACUCUUAUCAUUUUUCUAAAUCUCAUUCAAUUCAAUUAUUAAUAUUUUAUUUUUCAGUUUUUCUUUUUUUUUCCUUAAGUUUUUAUAAUUCUCUCUGAAUAUAUAUCAUUUCUUUUCAAUUUUUUUCAGCUUUUCUUUUUUCUUUGCUUUAACUAAAGUAGUUGUUAGCCAGGUUUGAUUGCAGCUGAUUGGUUUUUUCUAGUUAUUGCUCCAAUUAUGAUUAAUCAAUUUUGCUCGGGGUAUAUUGAAACCGUUGUACAAUUUCAUCUGAAUUCAAGAAGAAAACCUUUACAUGUUUUUUGUAUUUACUCUGUGAACUUUUACAUUCCCUCCUUUUUGUUUUUGUGUAACUUUUACAUUUGAAUAGUUUUAAUCGUUUUUUUUCCUUUUAUGACCCACAAUUUUUCAUUGUUUUUCUCCGGCUAAAAAUGAAGUAAGCAAAUAAACUAUUCAUGGAUA